UUCGUCGAGUUAGCCCUUAGUCCGGCUGAAGAAAAUGUCAAAAACAGCAAAAUAUGAGUGUUUUGGAGAAUUCUUCUGGUGUUUUGCAAGCUUUCGUGAAUUUUAGUAUGCCAAACUGGUAUUAUGAGAAAAAAGAUCUUCGUAAUACACCAUCCAUUCAGGAUGGAAUCGAUUUUGAAACCGAGCGCCGCUAUCGGAAGGAGGGAGCACGAUUCAUCAUGCAAACCGGCACUUCGAUGGGACUUGGCCAUAACACGGUAGCGACCGGUGUUGUUUACUUUCACCGAUUCUACAUGUUCCAUUCAUUCAAAACUUUCCCACGUUACGUUACCGCAUGUUGCUGUUUAUUUCUUGCUGGUAAAGUGGAAGAAACACCAAAAAAAUGUAAGGACAUUAUUAAAACAGCAAGAUCAAUGCUCACGGACCAGAAGUUUUUGUCAUUCGGGGAAGAUCCGAAAGAGGAAGUUAUGACAUUAGAACGCAUAUUAUUACAGACGAUUAAAUUUGACCUGCAGGUGGAGCAUCCAUACUCAUUUUUAGUCAAGUACGCCAAAUGUCUUAAAGGAGAUAGCACAAAACUACAGAAAAUGGUGCAGAUGGCCUGGAACUUUGUCAAUGAUUCGCUUAGUACCACAGUUUCUCUCCAAUGGGAGCCAGAAAUAAUAGCUGUCGCAUUAAUAUAUCUAGCAAGCAAACUAAGCAAAUUUACGGUUGUUGAUUGGGUGGGGAAACAACCCGAGCAUUUAAAGUGGUGGGAUAUGUUUGUUCAGGAUGUAACAAUGGAGAUUCUGGAAGAUAUUUGCCACCAAGUUCUGGAUUUGUAUCAACAACCCAAUAAUGAAACUCCUCCAGAUAGCCCACCGCAACUUCCACCUAGUAAGGCAUCGCCACCAACCAAAAGAGCUAACAUAUCGCCAAUUUCAAUCAAGACUUCGCCCAAUGUCAACAGUACUCCUGUGAAGGCAUCUGUUUCAGCUCCAGCGGUGGAAAUAGAGGCAAACCCUAUACCAAAACACAUCACCACGGACAAUGCUCCACACAGCAGCUAUGGAACAUAUCCCAUAUAUCCAAUUCAUCAAGGUCCUUCAGCUCAAUCGCACGGAGGAGCUCCUAUCUUUAGUUCUAGUGCACCUCCAACGGGUCCCAUUCAAUCUUCCAAUCAACCUUGGCAAUCUUAUUCCCAUUCACAAUCAAAUAAUUUUUAUCCGCCAGGAUCAACGGGCAAUCGCAACCAUUAUUAUCCGCCACAGUGAUAAGAUAGGAAUUUCUAUUGUAAGUAUAGUUUUGCAAAUAAAAAAUCGAUA